AUGACCGACACACUUUCUCUUCGUGGGACACUCGUUGGUCAUUCAAACUGGGUGACGGCUAUUGCUACAACCUCGGAGAAUUCUGAUAUGAUUUUAUCGGCUUCACGUGAUAGAACCAUUAUUGUUUGGCAAUUAACCCACGAGGAAGCAACCUAUGGUGUACCACGUAAAGCUCUCACCGGUCAUAACCACUUUGUACAAGAUGUAGUCAUUUCUUCCGAUGGUCAAUUUGCACUUUCCGCUUCAUGGGAUAAAACUCUUCGCCUUUGGGAUCUGAAUACCGGAACAACUACCCGUAGAUUUGUUGGUCAUGAUAAAGAUGUUCUUUCCGUGUCCUUUUCACCAGACAACCGUCAAAUCGUCUCAGGUUCAAGAGACAAGACCAUCAAAUUGUGGAAUACUCUAGGUGAAUGUAAAUUUAACAUUCAAGAAGAAGGUCAUACUGAAUGGGUCUCUUGCGUGAGAUUUUCACCCAAUCCAUCCAACCCUGUGAUUGUGUCAUGUGGUUGGGAUAAACUUGUUAAGGUUUGGGAGCUCACUAAAUGCAAGCUCAGAACCAAUCACAUCGGUCAUACUGGAUAUAUCAAUACCGUUACUAUUUCUCCUGAUGGUUCACUUUGUGCUUCCGGUGGAAAAGAUGGAAUUACUAUGUUAUGGGAUCUUAAUGAAGGAAAACAUUUAUAUUCAUUGGAAGCCGGAGAUAUUAUUAACGCACUAGUAUUCAGCCCUAAUCGAUAUUGGUUGUGUGCUGCUACUGCAUCUUUCAUCAAGAUUUGGGAUCUUGAAACAAAAACUGUUGUUGAUGAUCUUAAACCAAAUUUCACAGAAACUGGAAGAUAUUCAAAAGAUCCUGAGUGUAUUUCUCUUGCUUGGUCACCAGAUGGUACGACAUUAUUUGCUGGCUAUACAGCAGUUCCAAUGGAUCAAGUCCUUUCGUUUAAUACUUGUUAUGUUAUAAAUAAAGAAAAAAAUAAACUUACUUAUAGUGUAUACACGAUCUGGGAUUGGACCGAGGAGCAACUUAAAGAAUUACAAAUUUUGUGGAGGCCAUGUGAAGAAAAAUACGAUUCGACAAUAAAAUAUAUUCCAGAAAGACAGUGCUUUGAAUUUAAGCAAAAUACUCAUGAAAUUUUAGAUGAAUUACGUAAUGCACUUGUGGACAUUUUACAAAAAAAGUCUGUCGAUGCCAAGCCCAUCAGUAUGGUGGUCCCUUACCGUCCUAAGAGACGUUCUAAAAGUCCUGUUGAUAGUGAGCUUGUUGGUUUACCUCCUAAAAAUUUAGAGAGUGUUGAUCCGAGCACUCCAUCCGUCCUCGAUAAAAUAGAAGAUACAGAUGGUCUUGAAGAUACUUUCUAUAUUUCAGACAAUGUUCGCGAUGUUUCUGAUAUGUUGGGACGGAAUCAACAAUUUAGUCAACCUUGUGAUUAUUUGAAGGAGAUAUGUAAGGAUUGCGAUACUAUUCAUAUCAUUGGCGGGAAGAGACAAGACGUUAAUGAAGCUAUCGAAAGAUUGAAAGAAUUGGAAAGGCUUCGACCUUCUUUCAAACAUCAAGAAAUACCUUUAGUACAUUAUCCAAACCAAAAUUUGAAAGACGCGUUUAUAAUCAUUCCUGCUAUUAAAAAUCCUAUUACUCAAAAAUGGACGCUACCAAAAUACGUUGAAUCUGAGAAAAAUAAAUCUACGACCAUGGCGAAUAAUAAUGCAAAAAGUAAUACACCACCUCGUGGUCCUCCCGUCACGAAAAAUCCACAAACCGAGCCAAAAUAUGAUUGGCCUGAAGUCCAACAAGUUCCUGCCGAGGUUCCAUGGAAUAAUUAUGGUGCAUUACAUACAUCUUCUAAUAAAGAUUUUCCGGCCCUUUCUCCUUCGGUCGCAGGGUCGAAAUCUGCGGCAUCUAUAGCUUCUACUCCUUCUUUAUCACCCACAAGAAGGGAAUCUUUGGCUAAUACUGAAAAACAUAUAUCUAAUUCUAAUUCUAGUCCAUUCGAUGAACCAAAGCAGCGUCUUACUGAAGAAGAAAAACUGGCUCGUAAGGAAGCCACGAAACAGAGAAUAAUUGAUAGGCGAAAACAACGUGCUCAAACUUACGGUGCAUCUACUGAUAAUGGCUCACCAAUUUCAGAUGCUUUUCCAUCUAUGUCAAAUUCUUCAAAUUGGUCUACGCAAGAUAAGAGUGCCACUGUAAUGGAUGGAAAGACUUGGAGUGAUAAAGUUGUUGGAAAAAAAGUUGAUGAAAAAGGCGGUAUUAAUGUCGUUAUGAGAAAUGUUGUUCUUGAACAAAAUCCGAAUAAUAGCAAUGCUUCUCUCAAUGGAACUAACAUGUCUAAUACAUUUGGCAAGAUACUCAGAGAUUAUAAUCACAUUCAAAUUAGUCGAGUGCUAAGUGAGGGGCUCGAAUAUGUACGUUCACAAAAAGAGGAGGUUCGAUUAUUUGGAAGUUUAGGAAAGGUAUUAUUUACAAAGGUGCCUCCAAACGUUUCAAACAGAUUAUGGGAUUUUACGGAUUUGAAAGAUGUAAUUAUUGGAGAACAUGGAGUAUGUCCAAUGUAUAGAAAUCAUGCUACGACAAAUGAGAAUUUGUAUCAAAGCUUCGUAGAAGUUCUUGGCACAAAGACAUGUGGUAGAGCCUCGUUUUUUGAGAUUAAUGCAAAUGCAAGGAAUUCGCCAUACGCUGGAUAUACUCCUGUCUCUAUGUAUGUCAAUUGUGAUUUUGUAUCUUUAGACAAAGUCAAAUUAGAUUGGAAUCACCUUGUUGAUAUCGAUUGGACGGUUCUGGACCGUAACUACGACUUUGGAAUAAGCUUGCAGUCGAGACGAGUUCUUCGUUCUGACGUCAAACCAUUUACUACUUUCAUGAAAAAGGUUUCAGUCAGUCCGACGAACAAUAUGAUAACUUACGAGAAUGUCGUUGAUUUUCUUCAUGUAAAGGCCAUCAAUUAUAAACAAGUUUCACGAUAUAUGUUACACGAACCUUUCAUCGCGGAGUUGACCCGUACUGAACAAGUACCUCUUAGUGAGCAAACAACUCACAAAGUUCUUGGAAAGACAGGUCAUGGUCCCUAUUGGUAUACUAUAGAGGUCAUUAACGAUAAGCACGAUAAAUAUCUCAAGAGUAACGAGACUCUUGGUCCUGGACAAAUUUCCAAGUGGACUGUCGAUGAUAUUAUUGGAGAUGAACCAAAAAUGAUUUACCUUGUCGAAUACGUAAAAACUAUGCUUUUAUUAAUUGAACGUUGUAAUAAACACGUGGAAGCUCAUAAGAAAAGGGAUG